GUAUUUAUAAUAUCAAUGAAAAACUAAAUUGUUUUUUAUCCUGAAAUGUAUGUAAUGUUUAUGUGCAAUUGUUUGUUGCAAGAAAAUUGAACUUUAUUAUAGUUUGUUAUAAACGUGUGUAUAAGGCUGUAUAUAUAUAUAUAUAUAUAUAUAUAUAUAUAUAGAAUCAUUUCGUCUCAAAUGUUUUGUGGUACAACAUAUCGCUUACUAAAUAAGUUUAAAUCGAUCUAUUCUAUACAAUUUCAGUUAGUUUUAGAUAACAUUUAUUAUAAAAAUAUGUCUAUCCAAGUCAAUAGUGCUGAACAAGAUAUACUUAAAGUUCAUCAGUCAAACAAACGACAAGUAAUUGGUGAACAUAAUGAAGUUGCUACAAAAGCUCAGAAGGUAGAAGAAACUGAAGAUGCAGUACAAAGAGUUAAAAGAAAAAACUUUGUAAUACUGUUGGGUUAUCUUGGUAAAAAUUAUCUUGGUAUGCAAAUAAACCGUGGUACAAAAACUAUAGAAGAGAGUUUGUUAACUGCUUUGUUGGAAGCUAAUUUUAUUACAAAACCCCAAUUUGAAGAUAUAAGAGAAUUAAGGUUCCAAAGAGCUGCACGUACAGAUAAAGGUGUUUCAGCAGUUAGACAAAUUGUUUCUCUAAAACUACCACAUGAUGUAAAUAAAGAAGAUAUAAAUAAACAUCUUCCCAAAGAUAUUAGAGUAUUUGGUAUAAAAAGAGUGACAAAAGGAUUCAAUAGUAAGAAUCAGUGUGAUGCUAGAACAUAUAGAUAUGUUCUUCCAACAUUUGCUUUGGCCCCUGAAAAUCCAGACUUUUUGAAACUUGGAGAAGACGAAGUAUUAGAUGAAGAUAUACGACGUCAACAACUUUCUACGAUAAAUGGAGAACCAUAUAAUGCAUUUCGAUUAAGUGCAAAAAUGCUUGAUGAUUUAAAUGAAACUCUAAAAUUAUUAGAGGGUACACAUAAUUUUCAUAAUUUUACAUCGAGAAUAAAGCCGUUAGACCCAAGAGCUCGACGUUAUAUAAUAUAUUUUCGUUGUAUUGAAACAUUUAUUGCAAACGAUAUAGAAUUUGCAGUAUUAGAAAUUAAGGGGCAAAGUUUUAUGCUACAUCAAAUUAGAAAGAUGGUGACUAUAGCAAUAGGAAUUUCUAGAAAAAUCUUAACAAAUGAUAUCCUUAAGGAGGCAUUUUCAGUAGAAAAAAUAUGUGUACCAGUUGCACCAGGCUUAGGAUUAAGUUUACAUUUUGUACAUUAUAAAUAUUAUGAUCAAAGAUACGGAAAAGAUGGUAUUCAUGAAACAUUAGAUUGGAAUGAAUAUGAUGAAGAAAUAGAAAAAUUUUAUAGGGAAUAUAUUUUGAAAAGUAUAAUAGAUACAGAAAUAACAGAAAAUGUAAUGUUAAACUGGCUUGCAUCUUUUUUAACACCAAAAAAAUUUGCAGUAAAAGAUAUUCCAGCAACUGUUGAAUAUAUUCUUUGAGUUACAUCACUGUAUUAAUGCAUCAACAGUAUAUUAAAUAUAUUCGUCUUUUA